AUGUCACAAGGAAACAAGGAGAAUUUGCAGCCCAAAGAUGCAUUUAAAUCACUCAACAAAAAAGACUUUUCAAAGUCAACACCAGCUGUUUCAGUCCAAUUUAAAAAUGCUAAACUGCUUCAAAGGAAUGGUGCCAGUAAAAUCACCUCCAAUGGCGAGGUUCAGACAAAAGUCAAGUCCACGCGGAAAGACUUGACUGGAGGAUCUGUCAGUGGAGUUAAACAACAACAAAUACAUCACAAGGUCAUUCUUACUGAAAAGGCAGUCAAAAGCGGAAAGGUAGUGAAAGAUACCCUAAGAAGACCAGUUGGGGCGACUUCAUCAAAAGUUGCCCCCGGCAUGUACAAAGGUAAGAUUGUGGAAUCCAAAAUCGGAUCCAUUUGGAAGUCAAGUGUGAAUGCUCAAGGGACAGAAAGCCGAAGGCUUGUGGAUUUGGCAAAAAGAUCAAAAUCUAUAAGUGAUGUCCCUGGACGUGGUCUCCAAAACCCUGCACCUCCGAGAUCCAAGUCUGUGUCAGAUGGACGUGUGCAAGCGUCCAAACCUGCAGCCACCGGCCGUCCCCCUGCACCUUCCUCUAUUCGCCCUCUCGUCAAUACAGUCGUCUCGGCAACAAAUGCCAGAUCCAGAAACGCUACAGUGGCACCCGCCAAACCAAAGAUUGCACUUACUGAUAAGAAGGUCAAGAAGCCUCCUGUCGCAAGCACCCUCAGUCAGUACAGAUGUAGGCCUACUGAAACUGUGGAGGAAAAAAGAGAGAAAUUACAAGCAUGGCUGGCUUUAAAGGGCAAGACUCUCAAGAGACCUGCCAUGACAAGCGGGCACUCAGUCAAAACAGUGAUGGCAUCCGCAAAUCCAAAAGUUGGUCCGAAGUCGCAGUCCCAGUGUCACGUUGAGGCUAAGCCAGGACCAGAAGCUCAGGAAGUUUCUGUAACUGUGCAGAAGGAGACGACACUUAUAAUGAACACAACUUUGGACCUGCUAGAAAACUCUUCUGAUUUGCCUGUCGUUCAGGACGAAAUUGAUGGCGUUGUUGUGAACCUCUGUGAUGCCAUGGAAGCCAUGCAGAUGUCUUCAAAAUGCAUCGAUGAACUCCCACAGAGCAAAGAGGAAGUACAGAUUGAUGAUAAAAGUGUAAAGGAUGGGUUGAUGAACGAGGACACCAAGGAGCUAAUUCAUGAUGAACAGAGUGCGCAAAUGGAUGAACAAUGUCAGAGUGAUGUCACCAACGCUGACAUGGACGGCGCGUCACAGUUGGAUAACGCUUAUGUCGUGAAAUACAAUAUUAAGACAACGCCGUAUCUGCAAAGUGUGAAGAGGACAAUCGAAGGUGAGGUCCAAAAAAGCGCAUCGCGAAGAAAAAGCAAUAUCAAAGACUUGAAGUUUCUGACACCGGUGCGCCGCUCCCGUCGCAUCGAACGCAAGUCUUUACACCUGCCAUCGGCCGUGCUCGAUCACGACCCGUGCGUGUCCUCACUGGCCGAGCUAGCGAAGCUGGAUGACGAUCUCAACGCUUACGUUUACAGAAAAAAUACUGCUAUUUUGGGGGAACUGCAAGACCAAGUUGAAAUUUAA